AUUGUGAGGUAGCUCUGGCUUCCUCCUCACAGAGGUAGACAAGCGCUGAACCUGGCCCCCCAUCCAGGCACCAGGACCUGCAGUCCAAUGGUGACUUCCUCCUCCCGGUCACACUCUUCUCUUUGCCCUAUAGCACUUAGGGCUGACCUGGGAGGGACUGGAAGCCCAGGUAAGUCCUGGCGUGUGGCCGACCAAAUGGUGAGGGGUCCUGAGGGUCACGCUGAGAUGAGACUCUCAAGUCCCCCAAAAGCCAAGUGAGGCAUAGUCAACAUCAACUUCCCCUGCCACAGCGCUUAACUGAUUCGCACAUUUGGGCUUCAGUCUGGGUCAGACACCCUCGGGAAACAGGAACCAGCAUCUUGGGGCUGCGGCCUUGGUUUCUCUGGAGAAAAACCCAUGGGAAGCUGGUUCAAGGCUAUUACAGGCUUUCAACCUGUUCUGCCACCACCCAUCCGCCAUGUUGAAGACGUCACUGCUUGGAAAGGACUUCAACAGUGCGCCCAGCAACUUGGAUGACGGGUCCAAGUCACUCUUAGAGAGUAGGAGUGGUGUUGCUUCACAGAAUGUCUAUCCUGCUGAGGAAGCCAAUGGAUUAUCGAUCAUGCAAACGUUGAUCCAUUUAUUGAAAUGCAACAUUGGCACAGGACUCCUGGGGCUUCCCUUGGCCAUGAAAAAUGCUGGCUUAUUGGUGGGUCCUAUCAGCCUCCUGGCCAUCGGGAUCCUCACUGUGCACUGCAUGGUCAUCCUGUUGAACUGUGCCCAUCACCUUGGUCAGAGACUGCAAAAGACUUUCGUGAACUAUGGAGAGGCCAUGAUGUACAGCCUGGAAACCUGUCCAAACGCCUGGCUGAGGACCCACUCGGUGUGGGGAAGGUACACUGUCAGCUUCUUAUUAAUCACCACCCAACUGGGAUUCUGCAGCGUUUAUUUUAUGUUUAUGGCAGACAACUUGCAACAGAUGGUAGAAGAAGGCCACAUGACCUCCAGCAAUUGCCAACCCAGGAAGAUCCUGGUGCUGACUCCCAUUCUGGACAUUCGCUUCUACAUGCUGACAAUUCUGCCCUUCCUGGUCCUGCUGGUGUUCAUCCAGAAUCUCAGGCUGCUGUCCAUCUUCUCAAUGCUGGCCAAUGUCACCACCCUGGGGAGCAUGGCUCUGAUCUUUGAGUAUAUCAUACAGGAGAUUCCAGAUCCCAGCAGCCUCCCCCUGAUGGCAAGCUGGAAGACCUUCUUACUGUUCUUUGGUACAGCCAUCUUCACAUUUGAAGGCGUCGGUAUGGUUCUGCCUCUCAAAAAUCAGAUGAAGCAUCCACAACAGUUUUCUUUUGUUCUGUACUUGGGGAUGUCCCUUAUCAUCAUCCUCUACAUCUGUUUGGGGACACUGGGCUACAUGAAGUUUGGGUCCAACACCCAAGCCAGCAUCACCCUCAACUUGCCCAAUUGCUGGCUGUACCAGUCGGUCAAGCUGAUGUACUCCAUUGGCAUCUUCUUCACCUACGCCCUCCAGUUCCAUGUCCCAGCCGAAAUCAUCAUCCCCUUCGUCAUCUCCCAGGUGUCAGAGAGCUGGACACUGUUAAUAGACCUGUCUGUCCGCACAGCCUUGGUCUGCCUGACCUGUGUCUCAGCCAUCCUCAUCCCCCGCCUGGACCUGGUCAUCUCUUUUGUGGGCUCUGUGAGCAGCAGUGCCCUGGCCCUCAUCAUCCCACCUCUCCUGGAGCUCGUCACCUUUUAUGCUGAAGACAUGAGCUGUGCCACCAUUGCAAAGGAUGUCAUGAUCAGCAUCCUGGGCCUUUUAGGGUGUGUAUUUGGAACAUACCAAGCCCUCUAUGAGUUGAUCCAACCCAUCAACCAUUCCAUAACCAAUUCCACAGGUGUCUAUGCAUAAUUAUCUAUUUUUAUUCUAAUAGCUCUCCUUUCCUCCCAUCCCCAACUUGACUUUCAUUGUGGAUGUUAUAUACAUUCAUCAAACCCCAACAUCUCUAUAUUAAUUAGCGGCUUCUUUAUCUUUCCAAGAGAAAUGUACAUGACACAAGUCAGUACUCAUACCUCUCAGACUAUGCCUUUUUGGUUUUGGAUUUCUUUGGAGGUCUUUUGUACCUAUGAACCAAAACCACAUUCAACCAUUUGUACCAUCAGCCUCAUGUACUGGGAAGAGGGAUGACAUUUGCCCAUGAUAUCCCUGGAAACAGACCAAGCAUGAAUGUAAAUGCAAAAGCAAUUU